CAUUCUCCAGUGCGAUUUGAAUGAAGUACCCCAAAGUAAAGGCCCUCUCCAGUGUUCCCGUCCACAGGCCUGGACAAGAUGCCAAAGCAGGAAAAUGGCCAAAGGGAAGAUUCUCUCAUCCAGAAUGACCUCAGUGAAUCAUUUGAAGAAGAAGUCAGGGCCUUCCUCGGUGAUGAAGAGAAGCUGCAUCUUUUUGAUGACCUCACCAAGGUGAACCCGGUGACAACCAGGACAGUUCUGAAAUGUCUUCAAGCAAGAUACAGAGUCAACCUGUUCUACACAAAUGCUGGCUGCAGCCUGGUGGCUUUAAAUCCUUUCCAGCCUUUCUCCUGCCUCUACUCACCUGAGCUGAUGAGGGAGUACCACGUUGCACUUUGUCCUCAGGAUUUAAAACCUCACAUCUUUGCAGUGGCUGAGCAAACCUACAGGAAUGUCCAAAAGCAGAUGGACCCCGUGAACCAGUCCAUCAUUGUGAGUGGAGAAAGUGGUGCUGGGAAGACCUGGACCUCUCGCUGCCUUAUGAAGUUCUAUGCCUCUGUGGCUGCCUCAGUUAUCUCCCCAAAAGGCAAUGAAACUGUGGAGAGGAUAGAGAGGAGAGUGCUGGAUUCCAACCCUGUCAUGGAAGCAUUUGGGAAUGCCUGCACCCUGAGGAACAGCAACAGCAGCAGGUUUGGGAAAUACAUCCAGCUCCAGCUGGACAGAUUCCAUCAUCUGACUGGUGCUUCCAUCCAGACUUUCCUUCUGGAGAAAACAAGAGUUGCCUAUCAGGCUCCCAAUGAAAGAAACUUCCAUAUUUUUUAUCAGAUCACAAAAGGUGCUACAGCAGAGGAGAGGCUGGAGUGGAACCUUCCAGAAGGGGCUGAGUACCGCUGGCUGCCAAAUUCUGAAAGAAACUUAGAUGAGGACUGCUUCGAGGUGACCAGAGGGGCAAUGUUCCACCUGGGCAUCGGCCGUGCCACGCAGAGCAAUAUUUUCAAGGUGUUAUCAGGCCUCCUGCACCUCGGCAACGUUCAGUUCUCCAAUCCACUGGAUGAGUCUCAGCCUUGUGAACUGGAGGACAAAACCAAAGAGUUUGUGAGGACCACGGGGGAGCUGCUCCAGAUUCCCACUGAGGAACUCCUGGAAUGUUUAAGGAUCAGAACAAUCACUGCUGGGAAACAGCAGCAGGUGUUCAGGAAGCCAUGCUCCAGAGCUGAGUGUGAGAGCAGGAGGGACUGCCUGGCCAAAGUCAUCUAUGCCAGGUUGUUUGAGUGGCUGGUGUUGGUCAUAAAUGAAAACAUCUACACAGAGCCCUCAGUGUGGACCAGCUUCAUAGGUUUGUUGGAUGUUUAUGGGUUUGAAGCCUUCCCUGAAAACAACUUGGAGCAGCUCUGCAUUAAUUAUGCCAAUGAGAAACUGCAGCAGCACUUUGUAGCUCACUACCUGAAGGCACAGCAGGAGGAAUAUGCAGCUGAGGGCCUGCAGUGGUCGUUCAUCAACUACCAGGAUAACCAGAACUGCCUUGACCUGAUAGAGGGAAAUCCUCUCAGCAUUUUUUCCUUGCUGAAUGAGUAUUUCAGGCCUUGCAUACUCAAAGCAGCUCUGAAGGAGUGUCGCCUGAACAGAGCCUCCAACACUGACCUGUUCCAGACCAGGAUUGAGAAAGCCUUGUCCAGUAAUCAGUGUUUAAGUCGAGAUAAAUUCAGUAAGAAGCCCAACUUUAUCAUUUCACAUUAUGCUGGCAAAGUCUGCUAUCAGCUGGCAGCAAUGGUGGAGAAAAAUAAGGAUGCUGUUCCUCCAGAGCUGAUCCACGUUUUGCAGACCUCAAAGGAUCCUUUGCUUCAAAAAUUAUUCCCUGUGACAGAAAACAACCAAAAUAACACCAAAACCCAGAACAGAGCAGCUGUUGUUACAGUGGUGUCCAAGUUCAAGAGCUCCCUGGAGCACCUGAUGGAGAUUCUGGGCAGAACCACUCCCCACUACAUCCGCUGCAUCAAGCCCAACGCUGACUGCAGGGCCAUGACCUUCAGGAGAGAAGAGGUUCUCAGCCAGCUCCAGGCCUGUGGCAUAGUGGAAGCCAUCACCAUCAGUGCAGCAGGUUUCCCAGUCAGGAUCCCUUUCCAAAGUUUCACUGAGCGCUACGAACUGCUGAGGAAAUCCUGGGGCUCCAGCAAAAAAAGAGUGUGGGAUAAAAGCAGCUCUCAUCCUGCUGAGAAAACAGGUGAGACUGCAGUGAUGGGGGAUGACAGAGCACCACGUGCUGCUGUGCUGGAGAUCCUCCAGGGUGCUCUCAGGGGACAAAGCCCUGCUCAGGCAGCAGGGGAUGGAGCAGGAAUCCCCUCAGUCUUCUGUGGCAAAACCAAAGUGUUCCUGGCCAAUUCCCUGCUGGAGCUCCUGGAAGCCAGGAGAGCAGAGGUGUUAAAUGAGAAGGCAUUUUGCAUCCAGUGCUGCUGGAGAAGAUUUAAGGAGAAGAAAACAGCAAAGGAGAAACGCUCUGCAACUCUCAUCCAAGCAGCUGUUCGCUCCUGGCUGGCCAAGAGUCGCUUCCAGAGGCUGCGCAGGGCUGCCCGCACCAUCCAGCGGGGCUGGAGGAGGUGCCAGGCAAAAGCGGCCGCGCUGGCAGCAGCAGAGCUGGACGAGGGGGAAGGAGAGGAGCUGGCAGCCCCUGGAGCUGCCUGUGCCCUGGGCACAGCGGCCCUGUCAGGUUCCACUGCAGGAGGUCCCCCCUGCACUUUGCCACCGUCAGCCCCCACACGGAGGCGUUUUCCAUCACGGGACUCAACCAGAUCCUGCUGGACAGACAGGAGCUCCUGCCCACAUAGCCCUGGCCUGGCCUGGCCUCCAGGGGGGUCCCUGCAAGCUGCUGCUUCCAAAUCACUCAGUGUCCCUUCUGCUGCUACCUCAGAGCUUCCCCAGCGCUGCCUUGUACCAGGGACACACCUCAUAAUGCACAUUAUAAUAACCUUAAAUAACAUUAAAUUGCAUUUGCUGUGGCUGGGGGCAGCUCCUGCUCCCCCCCCAUGUCACAGGAAAUAUCAACACUAUGGGAACAAAUCAAUGCCAACAGAUCAGGUGCUUGAAGCAAUGGAUACUUGAACUGAGCUGCCUGCAGCAGGCAGAGUGAGCAAACAAUAAUGCCAAUAAACAUUCCUGAUUCCUGCAGCCGUCCUGAGUGAGCAGCAGUGUCCCAGGGGGGUGAGGAGCAGCCAGCUGGGGCAGAUGUCUCAGGGAAAAGCAGGGCUGGGCUCUUGCUUUUAUCUACAGAACAAAAUCAGAGAGCUCUCACAGCUGCCAGGUGAGUGCAGAGCUCCCAGACAGCACCACCCUGCCCAGGAGUGCUCUGAACCCUCCUUUGUUGCUCGUGGAUCUUGAAAAUGUUCAGCUGCUCUGUGUAUGUCAUUUAAAAUAAACUGCUCAAUGCCUUCUCAAGGUGUCUGACCCUUCCCAACAACCUUUAGGUUGAACAAAAACAUUUCAGAGUAC